AUGGUGAGGUCGAUGCCAUGUCCCGCACCCGUGACGACGGCAAGAGCUCAUCGCUCAUCUGGCGUGGUGGUGGCUGGCUAUGCCGAUGGACGGCUUUCCGUCUUAGACCAGCGAGUGCCAGGGCCUCCCGCAGAUGCGGUGCGGCUGCACCAGUCGGCGCAGGCAGUGGUGGGUGUGCAGCUCUCGCAAGAUGGCAACUGGGUCUUGAGCCAAGCGCAGGACGGCUCCCUUUGCUGCACUGCCUUGGGAUGUCCAGAGCCCACUCUACGACUGCAGGCUUCAGGGGCUUUGGAUAGCGGUCCAUCGCCUCCGGCCUUUUCGCCCGAUGGAAGCCACAUCUUGGCUCGAGGAGCGGCUUGCGUCCAUUGCUGGACACGGGACGGGCAGCUGGUUUACAACCACGACCUCCAGCCGACUGUGGGCAUUUCUUGGGACCUUCACCAAGCCUUCUCCAUCCAUCGCAACGGUCAUUUCUACAUUUGGGGAGCGAGAGACGAGGCCUCGGGCUCCACAUCGACCGGCUGA